GGGAGCGCGCAGUCCCUGCCCUCCUGCUAGCAUCCACGCGGCCCUGCACCAUUACCCCUAGCGCAGCGCCACCGCCACCAUGCAGCCCCGGGGCUGAGGCGGGCCCAUGGCCACGCCGGGCCCCGGCGACGACGGCGCAUGGAGAACUUCCGUAAGGUGCGCUCGGAGGAGGCGCCGGUGGGGGGCGGGCCCGAGGGAGGCGGCCCGGGCCCCGGCCCCUUCGCGGACCUGGCCCCCGGCGCCGUGCACAUGAGGGUCAAGGAGGGCAGCAAGAUCCGGAACCUGCUGGCCUUCGCCACCGCCAGCAUGGCGCAGCCAGCCACGCGCGCCAUCGUCUUCAGCGGCUGCGGCCGGGCCACCACCAAGACCGUCACGUGCGCCGAGAUCCUCAAGCGCCGCCUGGCGGGCUUGCACCAGGUCACGCGGCUGCGCUACCGGAGCGUGCGCGAGGUGUGGCAGAGCCUCCCGCCCCAGCCCGAGCCGGGACAGGCGCCUGGCGAGCCGGCCGCCAGCCUCAGUGUCCUGAAGAACGUGCCCGGCCUCGCCAUCUUGCUGUCCAAGGACGCGCUGGAUCCGCGACAGCCAGGCUACCAACCCCCCAACCCUCAUCCCGGGCCCUCGGCCCCGCCAGCCGCGCCGACGGCCAAGAGGAGCCGGGGGGAACCGGCAGCUGGAGAAGGCUCGGCCAAGCGAUCGCAGCCUGAACCUGGAGGUGCGAACGAGAACCCGACGGCCUGAGAACUCCGUCCUCCCGGGGCGUCUGCCACGGCUGUCUGGGAUGUCACCCCCCCCACCCCACCCCGGCCGGGGCCCUGGAGCGCACGGCUGGGACACAGCGCCUCGGAGCCACGGCCAGAGGGAGCCCCGACGACCCCAGGGAAGCCUUCCGGGAUGGUGGCAGCUCUGCGGGUAUGACCUGAGGACACCGCACCCACCACCUCCACCUGGGAGGGAGCAGCCUGGGGCCUUCAGGGGGGAACCGUGGACCCCGGGAUUCCU